GAGUCAAACAUCACAUCCUGUUGUCAUUCUGACUUCAGUCCUCAAACAUGCCGUCACGUCUCUCCUUUCUUCUCCUGCUCGUCGUCAUUCUGCUGGAAAGUCGUUGUGGACAUGCUGACGCUCAAGAUAAACCACCAAAGGCAGAGUUACAAUUGCUUCCUGUAGUAAUUUCCAUUAAGGAAUCAGUGAAUCUGAGGUGCAGGAGACCGGACUCUACCCCUGCAUCCCACUGCACUUUCAUCACUAAUCAGAGAGGACCGAUCAGUGGCUCAGACUGUGAGCGCUCAGUCACUGGAGCUGAGCUGCUCAGUGGGAGUCACAGCGCAAGGAAUGAGAUCACCAUGACAUGUUUCUACAGACUGGAGGAAGGAGGGAAACCUGCUCUUCAUAGUAACCCCUCCACAGUGACUGUGCUGGAUCUGAGGAAGCCCAAUAUCUCAGUCUCCACAGAACACACUGAGACACACAUUCGCUGUGAAGCCCCUCCUGACAUCACUGGAGCUAUUUUCUUCCUGUACUCCAACAGGAGUAGAACACAUACUAAGAGCACUCAGGCUGGAACAGAAGAGCGAGCUGUCAGUUUCACUGUCCCCCGCAGCUCUGACUCCACUCUGACAUACUGCUGUCGUUAUCAGUUUAAGACCAUCAACUCUAAACUGAGUUACUGUGCUGAAGCUAAGAACAAGGACCAGAGUGGAAGAACAAAGGACCAAAAUUCAGCCAGGUUUCUGUGGCGACACAUCCUCAGUGCUCUGGUCCUCUUGGCUGCUAUUGGAAUACUCAUAGAAUACUUCAUCUCCCACACACCAACCACAGAUGCUGCAGGCAGGAAGAGGAGAGGGAGUGAGAACACCGGACAGUUUGUGGAGACAUUGUGCUGAGACAUGAGCGAUUAGCCUGUUUACCUCUACAAAUAUACAGUACACAUACCUAAUAAAUAAAAAUAUACAUAAAACCACACAAAUACAGAACAUGUAUAUU